CAGAAGAUCAUCCAGUCCCCAACCAUCAGCAAUCCCCACGCCGCGAUCCUGCAUCCAUCGACGGAUAUUCGACAUCGGAUUAAUACUACGCCUGCGUAUCUGAACUCUACAAUUUUCACACAAUGGAACGUUUAAGCAGACUCUUGGGUGGUGGCGGAGGGAUGGGUGGACCGCCACAGGAUGGCCCGGUGGCGGAUAACGCGGAAUGCGUAUACAUUUCUUCGCUUGCUCUGUUAAAGAUGCUCAAGCACGGAAGAGCCGGUGUGCCUAUGGAAGUUAUGGGUCUGAUGCUCGGCGAAUUUGUCGACGACUUCACGGUGCGCGUCAUUGAUGUCUUUGCGAUGCCACAGAGCGGUACUGGUGUUUCCGUUGAGGCAGUUGAUCCGGUUUUCCAGACCAAGAUGAUGGACAUGCUUAAGCAGACUGGACGAGACCAAAUGGUUGUAGGAUGGUAUCACUCGCAUCCUGGAUUCGGCUGCUGGCUGUCAUCUGUCGAUAUCCACACGCAGCAAUCAUUUGAGCAGCUGACGCCGCGAUCUGUUGCCGUCGUCGUCGACCCGAUACAGUCGGUGAAAGGCAAGGUUGUGAUUGACGCCUUCCGACUGAUCAGCCCGCAAUUGAUAAUGACGGGGCAGGAGCCGCGACAGUCGACGUCGAACCUGGGACACCUGAACAAGCCGUCGAUCCAGGCGCUGAUCCACGGGCUGAACCGACACUACUACUCUAUUGGCAUAAACUACCGAAAGACGCCUCUGGAAGGCCAGAUGCUGCUGAACCUGCACAAGACGGAGUGGACGAAGGGGUUGACGCUGAAGGACUUCAAGGACCACGACCAUGAGAAUCUCGAGGCGGUGCAGCAGAUGGUGAAGCUUGCGGAGGCGUACACGACGCGGGUGAAGGAGGAGAAGGAGUUGAGUGCUGACGCGCUCAAGACGCGCUACGUGGGAAAGCAGGAUCCGAAGAAGCAUCUGGAGGAGUCUGUGAACAAGCGGAUGGAGGACAACGUUUGUGUGCUGCUGGCGAGCAUGAUUGAUAAUAUCUCGUUCAAAUAGAGCAUUUAGUGAGGUUGUGUAUUUACAUUUAUUGUCAAUCGAAUGUAGCAUCAGGUAUAUCUAAGGUAGAGUAGAGAUCAUGCCAGCAUGUGACAGCCCCACCACAACAUGUAGAAGUAUUCGUGCUUAGAACAAAUAUGAUAUCUAUAAGGUGAAUAUGAGACUCUAUUCACUAUCACAGCUAUUCAGAACAAAUCUCUGUCAGCUGUCGUGCUCAAAAGGCCAGCAGGACGAGCAGAUGCGGUGGAUAAGCAGGCGU